GUAGUGGUAGAUGAGGGGGGGGUUGUGGAUGACUUGCCGGUAGAGAGGGCGGUGGAUGUGGGGGAGGAGGUGAUUGGUGGAGAUGUGGAAGCGGAGGGAGGGGGAAGGGUGGUGGCACCCGAGGUGGGGGAGGGGGACGUGGUGGUGAUGACCUGGAUAGCGGGGGUUUGAUUUUCCAUGGCGGUCACAUGGGCGGAGAUGGUGGAAACGAAUGUUUUGAUGUCGUCGAUGGAUGAGUGGAGGGAUGUCAUCACACGGAGAAGUGCCGCGGGGUCGGUGGCGGCAUCGGGUGUUGGUGCUUGCUCGCCUGCAAGGUUGCGGGCGAUGCUGUCGACGGAGUCGGUGCGGAUGCUGGACAUAUCAAUGCUGGAGGAUUGGGCCAUGGUGGGGGAGGAAGUGGUGGUAACAGCAGAUGAGGUGGAGGCGGCGGGAACAACGGCGGCGUCGGUGGCUGCACGUUGAGAGUUCCUGGUUGUGCGUGUCAUGCCCGGGAGGGGGUUCUAUUUACACAUGUAAAACAACAUCCAAAGAAGAUAAUUUUCAAAAAAUAAAAAAUUGUAAAAGAGGAAUAAAAAAAAAAUAAUUCCGAUUUGAAUUAUUAAAGUUAUUCAAAAUUAAUUCGAAAAUAUGCCUUGGAAAGAAAUUCAAAAAAGAAUCUGAAAGAGGAACUUAUGAAACGAAAUUUCCUAUAAAUUUUUGCUCAAAAUAUCAAAAAAUGGAAAAAGGAAAUAAUUAUUUUCGAAGAAAAUUCCGAUUUGGGUUUUAAUUUAUUCAAAAUGAAUUUUGGGGUAUAGG